AGUCUCAGAUUCUGGUGCCCUGGCGCCCUUUGGGCUUGAUCUCGAGAGGCGCGAUAUGGUGACGGCAGCAUCUUCCAUUCCAUCAUCAGCGGCAGGCCGUAGACGAAGAUGCCACGGGAGGAGAGCCAGAUGAGACGGCGACCGAGUUUCUGCCUGGAUCCAGGAUCGAAAUCUCGAUUGCUGAUGGGGAUGGCCCGGAGGCGGCCAAGCUGCAGCAGCCGACCGACUUCGCAGUUCGCCACCGCACGAAGAGAGGUUUUUGGGGCUGCCAGCCCAUGCCCUGGGCCCAAGCAUCUGUCUUGGCAGCCGAGUUUGUGCAUGCCAGAGUCUGGGGCAUCCUUAGGCAAAGUGUGCCUCGUUGCGUUGCUUGUGCAAAAGCAUCCGCCCCCUUUGCAGGGGCUAGUCCAAAUCACUUGGGCUACCGUUAACCGAGUUCGCGACGAAAUGGCUUACGAUUUUCCCAUUUGGCCGCGUCUGACUCGGCGGGCGUCAACGGGGGAGCAAGGCCAAUGCGCAACUUACGAACAUCUAGUGCUCCGGAGAAGCUUCGGUCACAGAUACCGACCGAAGUGUCUCAGCACAACAGCCGGACCGUGACAAACAAAUACAGCGAAUACCUAGAUAGUACUUUCCUUAUUUUCCUGGUGUCUUGUUCGCAUGUCGAUAGUUCGUCCUUUGUCUGAAGUGAUAUGCACGCACUCGUCCAGAGACCAGGUCACGGCAGACAAUGACGAUUUGACUGGUCCCCGCUAGUU